GUAUUGCAUAAAAAUGUAAUCGAAAAACCAGCCCUUAUAAGGAGCGAACGUGUAAAGAUUUAUCCUUACAAUUUUAAUUUUGGAUUAUGAAUAAAUACAGUGUGUUUUGGUAUGACUGGACUCAACUUGGGCCGUUUUGAAAAAACAACUAUUUAUUGCUUAAAGUUUACAACUUUAUAUUAACUUUUUGAUCUUUCAAAAUGAUAACGUAUGCAGUGAUUUUUAUGGCUCUUAUUUUAGGAACUUUGGGUCAAGUGUACGAAGACAAGCGUUGUAAGUGCGUGUGCCCGAGCCCUGCCAUGGUGUUCAACAGCACUGUGAGUCCGCAACGAAAGCUGUACAUAGCUGACGUGCCGCCCAGCAAGUGCAACUGCAUAGAAGUGGUACUGCCGCGGCUCGGCGACUUGAAAGGUCGGGAGGCCGAGUACUGCCCGCGCUGCGAGUGCAAAUACGAGACAAGAAACACCACUGUUAUUAAAGUGGUGGUAAUAACGGUUGUCUGGCUAAUAGCCUUACUGCUCGGCUACGCUGGGUUCCUGGCUUGUUUGAGGCCGCUCAUGCGCCGAAAGCGGACCUACAAGAACCACUCUGAAGAGGCUCGACACCUAAUGCAAAGUUACGACGACGAAGACUGAACAGCGGAUGCUUUAAACCAGAGAGCCUACCGCGAGCCACGUUCGCUGUGUCCUAUGCGAUUACUUUACUCUGAACUGACAUCGGCCUUAUGUCCCUACACCAUAGACUAGGAAUCCUCUAGACCGAGUUUAGAACAAUUAUUUCAUGCAACCGAUGAUGCCAAAAAUGCGGGGGUGCGCGGGACGAGGUGAGCGAAAU